AUGGCCGCCUGCCUUCCCGCCGCUCCCGGACUCCCUUCCGACGGCGCCGCGCACGCGCACCAGAGCCGGCUGCCGUACAGCAAGAUGGCCCCUCCCAGCCGGGCGGCCGCUUGUGACGCAACGACGCGCGCCGGCUCCUCCCUCCCUCCCUGGCGGGGGCUGCGAAGGAUGGCGGCGGGUCCGGGCGGCGGGGCUCCCCCGGCGGAGGCGGCGUCGGCGUGGCGGGAGCGGCGAGUGCGGGAGCUGAGCGCGGCGCUGAGGAGCCGCCUGGGGCCUUACGAGCCGCCGCUGAGCGCCCUGCAGGCCCUGCUGGUGUGGGAGAGGCCGCGCCGCAGCGCUCUCGCCUGGGCCGCCGCGCACGCAGCCUUCGGAUUCUUUGCUCUGACAUCUCUCCAUCUGGUAUUCUUGGUUGCUUUCAUCCUGAUACUAAUAGUAUGUUUUGACCAGUGGAAGAAUAAAAUCUGGCCUGAAAUUAAAGUGGCAAGACCUGACGAAUUAGACAGUGAGAGCUGGGGCUACGUCCAUCCUCAGCAACUUAGUGUUCCUGAACUGUGUCACUAUUUGGCAGAAGGCUGGGUCACAGGAGACAGCUUCAUGAGGAGCAUGCUGGGUUUCAAAAGACACAAUCCAGGCAAGUUUUGCCUUCUAGCCUGUAGCGUCCUUACCUUUUUGGCUGUCUUGGGCCAGUAUAUUCCCGGAGUCUGUCUUGCCUAUCUAACAAUGCUUUCCUUCCUCCUGUGGCCCCUUGCUGUGUACCACCACCUAGGUCAGCGCCUGUACACCAAACUGGAGCCAGCGCUGCAGCGAUUGGACUUCAGUGUUCGUGGUUAUAUGAUGUCCAAGCAGAGGGAGAGGCAGUUGCAUUACCAGAUGUGGAGGAAGCACCCUGCUGCUGGUGAUGAGAGUGACAGCGAAGAAGAGCUUGCUGCUUUCUGUCCUAAGCUGGAUGAUGCUGCAGUUGCCAAGGAGCUGGCGAUUUCUGAUUCGGAGCACUCAGAUGCUGAAGUCUCCUGUACUGAGAAUGGAACAUUCAAUCUCUCACGUGGCCAGACUCCCUUGACUGAGGGUUCAGAAGACCUCGAUGGCCACAGUGACCCUGAGGAGUCUUUUGCCCAGGAUCUGCCAGACUUUCCUUCCAUCAACCCUGAGGUGACGGGAAUAGAUGAUGAGGAUGACACCAGCAUAGGCAUUCCAAGCCUUGCCUUCCGUGCCCAGGGCCAGGAAGAUCUCCGGCUCUCGUACGACAAAGAAGAAAUGCCCUCAGAGCCACUCCUUGGGGCAGUGCCACCCACACACAACCUAACAAAUGACUUAGCUGGUUUCGUGACAAGAGGGAUGAUCCAGCUGGCCUUGGCUGGGGGCUCCCCAUUGGGGUCUGCCGGUGGCAACAGGCAGCAGCACAGUUCCAGAGCCUUCCUGCGGACCUCCAGCUCAGAGCUGGAUACAGAUGCUGAAGGAGAUGACUUUGAGCUGCUUGACCAGUCAGAGCUGAAUCAGAUGGACUCUGCCAGUUCCCGUGGCCAGUAAGACAACGGACCUCUUCGCUUCUGUGGAGCAGAGAUGGAUAUGGCCUGGAGGAGAACAGGCUGGUGUUCUGUUCAUGGGGUUGUGACUUGGCAAGGUGAAUGGGAUUGUUAGAAUAAACUUCUCCUGAGCACAUUCAGAGAUUGGUUACCGAAUGUGUGCGCGCCUCACUUAGGUUGGUGUCUCUUGCACUGUUCGUUCAGAGGCAAAAUGUUACUCCUACUUGGAGGCUGUUCUUUGUUAAAUAGGCAUACAAGAGGUCAUUAAGUCUCCUAGCGCCUCCUGAAUAGAAGUCAGGUGAAGGAGUUUGUCGUUUGGAAGCCAAGUACUACGUAAAGCAAGUUCUAAAGUCCCUUGAACAAUGAAGGUGACUGUCACACCCUAUUCCUAAAUAAGAUUUUACUCUCCUGAUCCUAUCAAAUGUGUUUGCGCUCUGUGUAUGUAAGAAAGCUUUGACUUGCCACCUCUGGGAUGUUGGAAGCUACUUCUCUACCCCCCCAGUAAAUAUUUGCAUUUGCAGUGACUCCAAAUUCAUACCUUGCAAAACCCUAGCCAGGCUCUUUGCUGUACAGUAUGUUUUUGGAAGAUGUAAGUGCUGGGCUGGCCCUUCCCACAUCAGUUCCUUGAAAGUUCAGGCUGAUGCAAAAUGCUGAUGGCGGGGAUAGGAUGGCCCUGUAGUUGGAGGUCAGCUCAGUUCUCUUCCUGUUCCCCUAGCAGCUGCCAAAGUCUACAUUUCUGUGAUAGCCUCCUCACUGAGCAGGACUCAGCCACCCGACGGGAGCAUAUGAUCCUUUUGGCAGAGGCUGGCCAGUUGGACAUGCUCAAUAGCUGCAGCUUUUAAAUCUCAUGACCUUGAGCUCAGGUGGCCCCUUCUUAUGCUGGAGAACCCUCUGCUGAGUGGUCCCUUCUUACGCUGAGAAUUGAUAGUGUGGAAGAGUUCAGCUACUAGCCCAGGUCACAAAUGUCAACUGGUAAUAAAACCAGAUGUACAAGGCCAACUGUCUACAGGUCUCUGGCUCUCCCAAAACACGUGCAGUUUUUUAAAAGAAGAUAAAAAAGUGGGCCUUCGGGUUUUGAGAAGAUCUGAGAAGAAAGGUGUUGGUAAUACCAAUUGGAGUGUGAUGCACCUUUAUUUCUCGGAGGACUCUGUAACCUUAUGGCAGCUAUGUUUCGAUUAACUUUUAAGAACAAUUUAAAAACCAAAUUCAAAAUGGGUGACAGAUUUGGGGAUUCCUGUUCUUGACUGCACUGCCUGCAUUGCUGGGAGAUGUUACCACAUUCCUCAAGAACAAACUGUUUUCAGAUGGUAUCGGGAUCUGUUGUUGCUCCUUGUGUGGGUAAGAUUGGCAUGGGUUGUGAUCUUUAACCAGCAUCUCUGACCCGCAAAAGAAUAUGUUUCCCUACACUGUGGAGACGCUACUGCUAAGAAGUUUGCAAUUCUGGUGCUCUGUCUCUUGCAUAGAAUUCCACAUAUAAACAUUGAGAGUGGAUGUUGUAUGCAAAAUGAUUAGAAUGGACCCCCCAGAAAAUACAGCUUAGCACAAAGCCAUACUGGUGAACAUCUGUGAUUACCACAGACUUGUGAGAAUGCUAUGAUGGCACACCUUAGAGUUUAUAUCCACGACCCUGUAAUAACAUGUGAAUCUGCAGAACUGAACCAUUUCUAACUUUAGAUCCUGCUGGAGAGCUUGGCAACCAGGUCCUCUAGUUCCACCCUAACUUGCACCUCUUUUGGGCUCAGUAGAAUUUUUGACAGCAAGUGAAGACCUUUGCUGUACUCUGUUGUUUCCUUGACCAGGCAGAAAUGUGACUGUAAAUUCCAUAUGCCUAACAAAUGUGCGCAGAAACCUCUCGGUGGUGCUUUGUAAAUGGCUUGAUUUUAUAGCAUAUCAUGGUAUCAACUGCCAUUUCUAGUGUUUAUAAGUAGUCGACAUUGUGAUUGUUCAUAGGUCAAUUUGUCACAGUACAGGUCUUUUUAAAAAGUAAUUUAAAAUGCUAAUAACUUUGAGGUGAGUAACUGACUUUAUCAGAUUUUGUGUUCUGUGGAUUCAAAUAAAAUUCUAAUGCAAUAAGACCACACAUUUUCCACUAUAUUAAUAGUGAGAUGUUAUUUCUGUUUCUAUUAAGUGUUUUUCUUCCCUAAUUUGGUGCAAAAUAAAGCGUUGGAAACAAA